AUAAGAAUGAACCACGUCAACACCAAGGCACAAGUUAUCGAAGCAUUCAAAGUGUUCGAUCGUGAUGGAAACGGAUACGUCACUGUGGACUACUUGAGAAAGGUCUUGACUGAGCUCGGAGACAUGAUGCCACAUGAUGAGAUUGAGGAGAUGAUCUACGAGGCCGAUCCACAGAACUCUGGAUACAUUCAAUACGAAUCAUUUGUUGGAAUGCUAUUCUUAUGGGAUUGA